GGCUUGUGGAGCGCUUGAAAAAUGGCGAACAAAUAAUAGUCGCAGAGGGUUACUUGUUUGCCUUUCAACGUCGUUGUUAUCUGAAGGCUGGAUCAUUUGUCCCUGAAGUAGUUCUGGAACACCCUGAUCUAGUUAAGCAACAGUACAGAGAGUUCAUCCGCGCCGGUAGUGAUGUCGUGCUAGCAUUUACGUACUAUGCUCAUCGCGUGAAAAUGCGAUUGAUUGGUCGAGAAGAGGACUUGGUUAAAGCGAACAGAACAGCAUUACGAUUAGCAAGAGAAGUAGCGGAUGAGACUGGUACACUUAUGGCAGGAAAUAUAUGUAACAGUACAGUAUUUGAUAAAGAUGAUUUAACGUCAAAAGAAUUAGUAAAAUCUCAGUUUAAGGAACAAAUAGAGUGGGCGAUGGAAUUCAAGGCGGAUUUUAUAGUAGCAGAAACUUUCAGCGAUUUUGAAGAAGCAAUGAUUGCCCUAGAAGCCAUAAAGAAUUAUGGAAGGGUACCGGCAGUCGUAACAAUGGCAUCACACCAAUUUAACAUCAAUGGCGAUGCUGCUACAAAAGACGGGUAUACUCUUCAGGAAUGCUGUAAACAGCUUGAAGAUGCUGGCGCUGCCGUCGUUGGCUUAAACUGUACACGUGGUCCCUUAACAAUGCUUCCAAUAAUGGAAAAGAUACGAAAGACCUGUAAAGGUCCGAUAGCAGCCCUUCCCGUGGCUUAUAGGACGACUACAGAGGAGCCAACUUUCCAAUCACUGACUGAUCCCUCAGACGGCUCAAGGAUUUUUCCUGAUGACCUCGAAUGUAAAAUGAGUUGCUGUAAAGAUUUCGUUAACUUUGGUGAGAAGUGUAAAGAGAUUGGUAUCCAGUACGUCGGAAUCUGCUGCGGCAACGAAUCCAAAUUCACCCGUAGCCUCGCUGAAUCCUUAGGACGUAAACCAGGGGCGUCACGCUACUCGACUGAUAUGUCUCAGCACUACACGUUUGGCAAUGAUCCUUCGUUUAAGAAAUGCUACACAGUUGAACUCAAAGCAGCGAUUUAAUUUGAGAUUCAUAUUAAGCCUACUAGAUAUUGUCCCAGUAAUGAAUAUCCGCUAAGGCAGUUGAUUUAUAUAGCCAUAAAAGUUCUUCAUUUUUGUUCAAUUACUUUAUUAAGUCCAAUGACUGUGAAACAAACCCGGGACCAGGGUCUAGGGAACCCCCAGGACUAAGAAUAUGUCAGUACAUAAUUCACUUUAUACAUUUUCGAAGUGUGAAAAACAAAAUUACUGAACUUGCAGUGUACUUAGAAACACACAAUCCUGACCUGAUUAUAGGUAACCAAUGGCUCGAUGAAUCCAUCUUUAGCUCAGAAAUGUUCCCAGCAAAUUAUUCUGUUAUUAGACAGAACGCCAAACUCCAAAGGUAGUAGUUACGGAGGUGUCCUUAUCUCUACUAGAAAGGGUAUUCCUGUCAUCCAUAAAUUAGGUUUAGAUACUGACGUGGAAAUUGUAUCAUAUGGCAACAGAUUGAUGUUUUCCGAGCCAAACCGCCUAGUGCAUACCUAAUUAGGCUUCGAGAUUCAAAAUGCGUGAGUAUAGUCAUGUUUGGAUUGCUGGGGACUUUAACAUGGAUGCAACUGAUUGGCCUAAUCAAGAUUUGGAUUCUGGUGUACCAUGUUCGUACCCGACUAUAUGUAAAGAAAUGAUAGAUAUUGUCAACAAGUUUGGACUGGAAGAGAUGGUCACAAAUCCCACUAGGAUCAACGGGAUACUGGAUCUGUUCUUUACUAAUAAACCAGAUAAAUAAGGGACACGAUGGUAAUUGUUGAGAUUAUAGUUGCUAGGAAAAUUCUUUUAUUUGAAAAAGAAAAGCUAUCAUAUAUACGAUUUGAUAAGUAGUGAUUGUUUUCGAAAAUAGAACGGAACUUUAAAUGAAAAGAAAAAUAGGACAAAUAACCUCUGGAACGAAUUCAAAGAGUAGAAAAUUCCCCUCACCUCCAAUUAUUAUUACGGUUAUAAUAUUGUGAAAUAAAUUGAUAUUGGUUGUACAGUAUAGGCUUUAAGCAUAAUCUGUAUCGUAUGUCCGUAUAAUGCACUGUAAAAAUAUGCAAACUGUCUAAAUAACAUUAUUUAAACUAUUAUUAACUAUUAUUAUUCUCUCAUAGUAGGUUCUUUCUUACAUGUUCGCAACUUUGUAUACAACUUUAUCAUAAUCCUAAGUUGUAAGGUUGUUGUAUUUAUAUCAUACAGCUUAGUAUUCUUAUUCUUAUUCUCUAAAUUUAUCUUAUCUAUAGAGUCUUGUAAGUUGCUUAAAAUCGCAACUGCAUUUUGUGUGCUUUUGCAUCAGCAAAUACGUUAAUAACAUGAUCAAAGUUAAUGCUUCAAUACUAAGAGUGUCAAAGCAGAUAGAUAUCUCUUGUCCCAUAGUGUCUCUGAGAAUGGCAGGAUGAGCUUUAGCUUGCUGAGUGAGCACUCACAACUAGCGAUUGAAAUACUGUACGGUAGCUGCUGUCAACAUGAUUUGAAUUGCUACUCGCAAGUUCGGAAAAACGUUCUCAUCACCGUACUGUACGAUAAACUGCGUUUGGGAUACUGGUGUUUGUUCUACUUUUCAACAGCAUCCUGCAAAUUAUUACUUCAUUAUAGGCCUACAGCUCCUUGCCAACUAAGCUGGUAUUUCCCACCUUUCGAAACCUACUGGCUUGGAAGUGUAUACUGAAAUACCCAAAAUUUCCGUGACAUGUGUAGUCAUUACAGAACAGGAUAAAAAAAAGGAGAGAAAUGGCCUUAAAAGAAAUCACAAUCUAUAAAAUUGCCAAUAAAAUUAACUACAUUCAGAUUCUUUAACUGGAAAAUAUUCAUGUCUGACGACAUACAUCAAUUUCGUAAUAUUUUUCUAAAAAGUGCAUAUUUUUUUUACUCGCUCUCCUAUUUCAGCGCCCCAAUCCCGGCGCCCGGAGCACGUGCCCAACCUUGUCCCCACCCCUAUCUACACCACUGUAAGUUCACUGAGCCUGAUAAUCAGAUGAUGAUAUUAUACGAAUAAAGAAACAUAAGAAUGUUAAAA